AUGGGGAAUAAUCUUUCUUCUCCACAAGAUCUUACUGAUCCCAACUUUCCUAUGGAAUACGAAGUCGAAAGCCCACACGGUGCCGAGAAAAUUUUCGAUGACGAAGGCUUUACCCAAAACAGAGGCCUUAGCGAUGGAGAGGACUUCACGCCCGGCGAUGUUGGAGACAUCGCCCCAGUCAAUGAUGAAGACUUCAUCCCAAUCAAUAGUCGCAGCCUCGAACCAAGCGAUGAAGAAGACCUCAUCUCAUGCAUAAUGUCAAACGAUGAAGGAAACCUCAUCUCAAGCGAUGAAGAAGACUUCGCCUCAGCUGAUGAAGAAGUCCAGGUCAAUUCGGCCUCUCCUAAGCCUCGUGGAUUAGAGGUCUCUGUCUUCAACGGCUCUCGUCUUGAGAAACUAUCCGAGCCUUCUGAGAAAAGAUUGGCUAUUCCUCAUCUUGAACGCGAUCAUACCCCAGUCCGUCGUGUUAAGAGAGAGACUGCUAUUUCUCCUCUUGCUCCAGCUGGCUCACGCCGUGCCUAUCAACCACGAUACCCAGCCGCCUUGCAACCCCGGGUCCCCACAGCCAAUAAGCUUGCUCAUCAACCGAAUACCGAGCGUUACGAGAAGUUGAGUGCCAAGGUUCGCAACGCUAUGUUCAAAGUACAGGCCUUCACCACACACCGAAGUGAAGACUCACGCUCCAGAGAGCGAUUGUUCAAGCAGUUAAGGCAACGUAUGCCGCUCCCAGCCGAAGUUGGCAAAUGCUUCAAGCGAUUAGUUAAAAACUGUUGGAAAAUCAGCAAUCCUACGAUGCGAGACUGCCUCCAGCAAUACUCUUUUGCGGAUAUGUGUGAUAUUUUCAGGUUCUCAAACUUAGACCCCCAAGAAUACAUUUACCACCUGGGUUGGAUGGGUACCCUCCGCGAUGAACCAGAAAUACUUGAGUACAUCGUUCUCAUUGGUAAACAUGCUGCUGGAUUGACUCCAUGGCCCGGUCAUGAUGGCAAAUAA